AUGCACUUCCAGAGUGGUCAAAUAUCAAAACACAUUGCCAAAUGGCAUGAGAUUACCUCUGACCCAGAGGUUUUAGAUUCGGUUCGUGGACUUCACAUUGAAUUCUCGACCGAACCUCAUCAAACUUAUACUCCUAAAACAUAUCAGACCACUCACCUUGCUGAGGUAGAUAAUGAAAUUGCCAAACUUCUGAGAAAGGGUAUAAUAGAAAAAUCACAACAUGAACCGGGAGAGUAUAUCUCCCCCAUAUUUCUAAAGGAGAAAAAAGAUGGAUCAUACAGAAUGAUCCUCAAUCUCAAACGACUAAAUGCUCAUGUUCAAUACCAUCAUUUCAAAAUGGAAUCUAUUCAGUCAGCCAUUAGACUGCUGACACCAAACUGUUUUAUGGCAUCAAUAGACCUGAAGGAUGCAUACUACUGUGUCCCAAUAGCAAGCUUCCACCACAAAUACCUAAAAUUUGAGUGGAAUGGGUCACUGUACCAGUUUACUUGCUUCCCCAACGGCCUAGCCUGUUGCCCACGCAAGUUCACAAAACUAAUGAAGCCAGUGUUUUGUUACCUCAGGAAAUUGGGUCACCAAUCCUCCCCUUACAUUGAUGACUCAUUACUAACAGGUCAAACCUAUGAUGACUGUGCAGCUAAUGUGAUUGACACAACACAGCUCAUAGACAACUUGGGGUUUAUAGCACACCCUGACAAAUCUGUCUUCAUCCCCACUCAAGAAUUAGACUAUCUUGGUUUCACACUGAACUCCAAAACUAUGCGGGUGACUGUAACACCUGGAAAGAAGUUGAAGCUCAUAGAAACAUGUAAGGAACUCCUUACGAAAGAAUACCCUACUAUCCGUGAGGUUGCUAGGGUAAUAGGCUUGCUCAUCUCAAACUUUCCAGGUGUUGCAAUGGGACCACUAUACUACAGACUUUCUGAAGCUGACAAAAUUGCAGCACUUAAACACAACAAAGGAAAGUUUGAUGCCACUAUGCAACUCUCUGCUGAAGCCAAGGAAGAACUUGUGUGGUGGAUAGAUAACAUUGACACUGCAUUCAACCCAGUGCAUAGGGGGAAACCCAACAUAACCAUACAGACAGAUGCUUCAAAACUGGGAUGGGGAUGUGCAUUGGGUGACAAAACAACUGGUGGACUCUGGGCCCAAACUGAGUCUUAUGAACACAUAAAUUACUUGAAACACUAG